CUGAAGAAAACAGCUAUGAAAAUGAACAGGGGAAGAGGGGUAAAUAACAUACUGGUUGUGCAAAGAGACUGUUAUGCCUGAGGCUCCAAAGUCCUUGGUUCAAUCUCCCAUACCACCAUAAACCAGAGCUGAGCAGUGUUCUGGUAAAGAAGGAGGAGGAGGAGGAAAGAAAAUGAGCAUGGUUUCAAGUGACGUAGACCCUACCGGCCCAGAGGCCUCUGCACACUUCCUGUGUGGGGCUCAGAAAACUGCCUUCCCUCCCAGCCUUUGGUGCCUGCUUCGGAAAAUGAAGUAAUAAGCCAAUUGGUGUCCGCCAUCUUACAUAGAGUAAAUGUACAGUGAGAAAAGAAUGCAGUGGGGGACUCUCUGGAGAGUUCUGGGACUCUUCCUCUUAACAGUUGGCGCUUGGGGCGAGGAAGAUGAUGAUGAUAAUGAUGCUGAGUAUAAAGUUUCCAUCUCUGGAAUCAAAGUAGAGUUGACUUGCCCCUUGGAUACUACUGAUGAAAUAUCAUGGGAUACAAAACGUGGAAAAAAAACUGGACAUACUCUAACAGUGGAGAAUUUUUCAGAACUGGAUGACAGCGGUUAUUAUACUUGCUAUACAACGGCUAAAAAACACCACCGUCUCUACCUGAAAGCAAGAGUGUGUGAGAACUGCCUGGAGGUGGACCUGAUGACAGUGGUCACAGUUAUCAUAGUUGACAUCUGCAGCACACUGGGCUUGCUGCUGGUGGUGUACUACUGGAGCAAGAACAGAAAGACCAAGGCCAAACCUGUAACAAGAGCAGCAGGAGCUGGUGGGAGACCCAGGGGACAAAACAAGCAGAAGCCACCACCUGUCCCCAACCCUGACUAUGAGCCCAUCCGGAAAGGCCAGCGGGACCUGUAUGCUGGCUUGAAUCACAGAGGCAUCUGACAACUGCAGGGAUGCUGCCUCCACCACAGGCCUGGGUCUGGCUCUUCUCCAGACUCCUGCUACUCCAUUCCCUGGGCAAGUCUUGGACCACACAGAACUGUCCCUCUCCCUCAUGGGAAUGCAACCCCUGGAAACUUUGUCCCCUCUUGCCUUCUUCCUGCCUUCUCUGCUGGCACCAAAUCCUAGGAUAUUGCUGCUUCCUUGUCCUUUGAAAUAUCAGGCUACUUACCAUCUCACACCUGACCUAGAACAUUUGUUAGAUUAUUUGUUGCUGUUAUUCAGUCCACUCAACCCCUUCCUUCUCUGGUGGAUGUUACUUCUCCCUCCAUUGUCUUCCUUUCCUGUAUAUAAGUUUUCCUAACCUUAACCAUCCCAUCCAUCUUUCUAUUCUUUCAACUCUCCCUUUGGGCUACCCUCUAUGAGAAUGGACAAAGUAAAUGUGGGCAAAUCCUUGCCCAGCCCCAGCUCUGUGCUCCCCGACCCUGUCCUUCUCAGCAAGCUUCUGGACUGAAAUUUGCAAUGUUGUGGGUGUGUUAGGCUCCUUGUCAGCUGAGAAUCAAAAUAAAGUAUACUUGGCUG